UGGCGGGAACACGCGGGGAGCGGCCGGAGCCCUCGCAGCGCCUGUGCCCGACAGCCCCAGAAAGCCCGGCCCGGCCCGGCCCGGGCAGCCGCAGCAGCCCGGGGGGUGCGCUGGAAAGGCGGGUGCUUGGCUCCGAAAAUAGUCUGUCUGACAGCAAACGAGACACAUUAGAGGAUUACAGAUGGAAAAUGCAAAGCCGAGGAAAACCUUCUAAGUAUUACAGAAUAAAGAAAUAGGGCUAGAAUGGAGUUGUCUGUGCUGUGUAAAUGCUGUGAAGUUUUGUAAUGGCAGAAAUUAGGUCUUCAGGAAUCAAAAGAUCCCAAAUAAGUUUGUCACUCAGUAAAAGUAAGAAGAAAAAAGGAACACCAUCUGUACCUUCAACAUCCUCCUCUAUUACUUCCUUUUUUAAUAAUGUUCCCCCUGCCAAAAUUAGCUGUCCCAUGUGUGGGCAGUUGGUGCCAAGGUAUGGAAUAAAUGAGCACUUGGAUGAAACAUGUCAGAGAAACCACGGUGAGAUUGGUGCCGUUGGUGCUACACUGGACCCUCUGAAGAGUAAGAGUCCCCCACCUGCAAACGUGACCAAUGAUUCCAGCUCAUACUUUUCAAAAAACAUCCUAAAUCUAGAAACAAGUCCCUCCAAAAGCAAUUCACUGAAAGCAGAACAAUCAGCACAACAGAUUAGUCCUUAUUUUAGCCGUAACAGCUCAGUCAUUGGUGUUAACAAUGAAUCACAGGCUCAAACAGGUAAAACGGUCUCUUUGGGAAGCUUGUCAUCAAAACUGUCCAGAAGACGUUGUGCCCAGGGAGGAAAACAGGUCGUGUAUACAGAGAUUGACUCUGCACCUCCGGCUGUUCACAGAGUGUGUAGAAAUGCUGCAGCAAAGGAGGAUGAUGAUGAUGAUGAUGUUUAUGCUGGGCACAGUUCUCAGAAAGAAAAUCAGCUUGUGCAGAGAGAGCACCAGGAACAAAACAUUUCAAAGAGAAAACCUGAAUUUCAAAAAGAAAUAAACCAAUGUAAUCAAGAAGACCUUGUGGAUAUAGUUCAGGUAUCUUUACCAGCUGAUAAUAAUGACAAAGGAUUCCCAAGUGGUACAAGGAGCACCGAAACAGAAAGCAGGUCUGACGGUGUGACACUUAGUCCUGAUAAAUCUGAAACACCUCCAGCCAUUUAUAGUUCACCACAGCUGGCCAGCGACUUGGAAGUCAAGACUCAGCCUCACACCCAAGUUAUUCCUUCUUCCAAGACAGAAGUGAGCUGUGAUACACAAAACUGCUCCAGUGAGGGUGAUGCACAGGUACUUCCUGUGGAAGUUCUUGAAGAUCUUAAGAAUGAGAUGGAUUAUACUAUGGUAGAAACUGUGGGAAAAGUAGAAUUUCAGAAUCCCACUGGGGACAUUUUAGACAAAAUAGAUGAGGUUCACUCUGUGCCCAGUUCUCCUCAUCACCCAUACUACCUCCAGAAUUUUUUACUAGUGCUGAAAGCAGUCCUAGAGAAUGAAGAUGACGCCAGGCUGUUUGAUGAGCAAGAUAUGAACAUUAUAAGCAAGUUCUACAAAUUAUCAGUUGGUGGGCAGAAGUUGUAUGUGAGACUUUUCCAACGCAAGCUGCACUGGUUAAAGGUGACCAAAAUAGAGUAUGGGGAGAUAAGUGUGGAUUUGUCACCAGUGAUUGAAGAACUGGCUGAAGCCAGAUUUCUGCAAACAGAAUCUGAACUGGAAGACCUGUGUGAAGGUUUGGAUUUGCUUUCAGCCCCUGAACUAAAAGCACUGGCAAAGAUCUUUCACUUGGCAAACCCAAAUGGUCAGAAACAGCAACUUGUGGAUGAUUUUCUGAGGUUGGCAAAACAGCGGUCGGUCUUCAGCAGGAGUCAAGCUGGUGUUGGGACAGCGAUCCUAAAAAGAGCGAAGGAGCUGGCUGGGAGAUGCGUGCGGGUGCGCCGAGGCCCUCGGGCCGUGUUCUGCCGAGCGCUGCUGCUGUUCUCGCUGCCCGAGGCGGGGGAGGACGAGGAGGGCUCUGCAGGGCAGGGCCAGCUCUCCUCGCUGCUCAUGGCCAGCAUGGGCCGCACGCUCUUCCCCCGCUACACCGUCAGCAGGAGCACCCGGCUCUUCCAGGACAGAGACGACCUCAUCAGAUAUGCAACUGCUGCUCAUCUGUUAAGUGACAUAGCCACUGCAAUGGUAAAUGGGCACUGGAAAGAAGCUCAUAAUCUGUAUUUGUGUGCUAAGCAAACCUGGAGAGAACUGAAAAAUCACCCCUCUUUAAGCUAUCACAGAGUUCUGCCUGAGUUUCUGCGCCGUUUCACUGUGGGCUGGGUGUACACGAGAAUCCUUUCUCACGGUGUGGAAAUUCUGCAGAGACUUCACAUGUACAAGGAGGCGGUGCAGGAGCUGCAGGCCCUCCUGUCGCAGGAUGUGUACUGUGCUGACAGCAGAGGGAGAUGGUGGGAUCGCCUGGCUCUCAAUCUACAUCAGCACCUGAAAAACACCCAGAAGGCCGUGGGCUGCAUUAGGAAGGGGCUGGCAGACCCCUGUGUCCGCACUGGGCACCGCCUGUCCCUGUACCUGCGGGCGCUGCGCAUCAGGGACUCGCCCAGCUGCAGGCAGGUGCGGAGGCUGCUGCAGGAUCUGCCGGCCAUCACCGUGGAGGAUGUCACACAUGUUACAAUCAAUGGAAAGAUGUGUCCUCAGAUGGGAGUGGGAAAGUCUGUGUUUCUCGUGGAGGAUGUUGGUGAUGAAGAAGGAGGCGAAGGCUGCAGUGUAUCCACAAUCAUGUGCUCAGUUGAGGAGCUGGCAUUAUCUCAUUACAGGAGGACUGGUUUUGAUCAGGGUAUUCACGGGGAAGGCUCAACGUUUCUUACACUGUAUGGGAUUCUAAUGUGGGAUAUCAUUUUCAUGGAUGACAUACCCGACGUUUUCAGAAAUUCCUAUCAGACAGCCCCCCUGGAUUUGUACACUGACAGCUUCUACGAGAGCAGGAGGGAUGCCAUUGAGGCCAGGCUGCAGCAGCUCCACUCAGCCUCCUCAGAGACACUGGCAGAGUUGGUUGCUGAUGUCUGGACCGCUCAGGAGGGAAAAGCAGCAGCACUCGUGAGCUGGGGGCGUUUUAUUUCCCUCCAGCAAGCCCAGCCUCUCUUGCAGAGCCUGGUGUCCUGCCUUGGGGGAACGUUCCUGAGCGGGGUUUUCAGGCGCCUCUCCACAGACCUGCGCCACUGCCGGGGGGGCCUGCCCGACCUGGUGGUGUGGAGCACACACACCCAGCACUUCAAGCUGGUGGAGGUGAAGGGCCCCAAGGACCGCCUGUCGCACAAGCAGAUGCUCUGGCUGAGCGAGCUGCAGCGCCUGGGAGCGGCGGUGGAGGUGUGCCACGUGCAGGCCGUGGGGGGAAAGAGCCAGCGCCUCAGCUGACACACAGCACAAAGUGUACCCCCCUGGCCUUUGAGAACACUGGGAUUCACUGCAUGCACUUGGGGUUCAGAAGGGCAGAGCCUUUCUCUUCUAUCCACAAUUCAAAACUCAUUCUGU